UAUUGUUUAUCAAUGCUGUGAUAUUUUGUGCAACAAUAUUUUUUAUUUUUUAUUUUUUUGGUAAUUCGCAACCGUUGACAAAUGUGAAGUGAGUUAACUUAAACGGACCACAACACUGACCCAAAAUUGUAGUAAACUUGGCACAUAUCCUCCAGUAGCCUAUGUUAACAUCCCAUUCCCCUUAAAAUUUGCCAAAUGCACUGUAAUGUGACUGUUGACAGCUCUGUAGGAUGAAGGACGCACACUGAAGCGCACAAAGUAGCAACGUUUAUCAGCGGCAACGUGCAAAAGUUUUGGUUUAUUUUUAAGUGAUCAGAUGUUAUUUCCCCCCAAAAAAUGUAUCAUUUAAUAAAAAUACUCAAAAAAGUUUGGCAACACUACUUAAAGUUUGUGCGUAAUUGUAUAAAUAUACCGCAGAAAAGCAUCAAUAUUUGGAGUCAAAUUCAUCCACAGUGUUGAAAAUGAUAAGUUCUAACAAUUUUGUGUCAGAGUUUGUGCGUAAAUGUUAAUGUUGGAUCAUUUUUGUGGCUGUCAGUUUUAUUAUGCUGAAAGUUUCCUUUUUUUUAAUGUGAAAAAAGGAGUUUGAUGUUGACACGGAGCUCGGGGUAAAAAAGCUGCGGUGGGAAAUGUUCCUUUUUCCAUUUGUGUGUGUGUGUGUGUGUGUGUGGAUCAAGGUCCCAUAAGCUUGUAAAAUAAUUCUGUGAAUGAAUUGUCAGUCUUGGUUUUCAUAUAAGCGAGGAUAAAAAAUAAGAAGGAGAAGAAGAAGAAGGAGAAGAAAGGUGCUGGAUGGUGGAUAGGGGUUGUGUGUUUAGAGGAGGAGCAGGAGGAGUGUGACUGUGUAAUUACGUGGGUGAAAAAAAAAAAAAGAAAAAAAAAAAAAAAAGUUGGGUCUGAUUUGCUGGAAUCGCGCAGGACCGAAGGUGCACCGGUUGACUUCAUAUCAAGUUUGUCUAAAGCGGGGGUGAACAUCACACACUCGGCGCCCUCUGAAGCUCUUCACCAUGCUUUUAUGAACCAGAUAUCGCUGCACUGAGACGCGCAAAAGAGCCUCUGUAACACAGGAGUACGCAGCGUUUGCACCGGCUUCUUCACCGAGCAGAAUUUACAAGUGCUCAACUUUAAAAAAAAAAAAAAAAAAAAAAAAAGGAAAGAAAAACUCCUGCAUAGGUUCCUUUCUUUGCGGAGACGACAAUCUUUGGAUCGCAAAAAAAAAAAAAAAAAAAGAAAAAAAAAUUCAUGGAUGUUGUUGGAUAAUCCUUUUUUCUUUUACGCGGAUAGCUGCUCCACAGUCUUGCAUGGUGCACAUCGGUCCAGGAAUGGCGCGAUAAAGUGAUCAGAGGAAUCAGUCCACGUACAUUGACUUUCUGUGUAGCCGUCUCGUCAUGUAUUCUCCGAUUUGUCUUACUCAGGAUGAAUUUCAUCCCUUCAUUGAGGCACUUCUUCCUCACGUCCGUGCCAUUGCCUACACGUGGUUCAACCUCCAGGCCAGAAAACGCAAGUACUUUAAGAAGCACGAGAAGCGGAUGUCCAAGGAUGAGGAGCGCGCAGUGAAGGACGAGCUUCUGAGCGAGAAGCCCGAGGUGAAACAGAAGUGGGCAUCCAGGCUGCUGGCCAAGCUCCGUAAGGACAUUCGGCAGGAGUACCGGGAGGACUUUGUCCUCAGCGUGACGGGCAAGAAGCACCCGUGCUGUGUGCUAUCCAACCCGGACCAGAAGGGCAAGAUCCGCCGGAUCGACUGUUUGCGGCAGGCUGACAAAGUUUGGCGUCUGGACCUGGUGAUGGUCAUCCUCUUCAAAGGCAUCCCUCUGGAAAGUACAGAUGGCGAGCGCCUUGUCAAGUCUCCACAUUGCACCAACCCAGCACUUUGUGUCCAGCCACACCACAUAACAGUAUCGGUCAAGGAGCUGGACUUGUUUCUAGCAUACUAUGUCCAGGACCAAGACUCACAGCAGUCAGGAAGUCCCAGUAACAAUGAGCCAGGCAAGAACCCUCUUCCAGUUUACUUGGAAGACAGCUUCAUCAAAUCAGGAGUCUUCAGCGUUGCAGAACUGGUGCGGGUGUCCAGAAUGCCCAUCACCCACGGUGCAGCUGUAAACUUCUCCAUGGCCGACAUGCCCAGCCAACCCUACUAUCACGACCUGAACUCCAGCGUGGGGCUGCAUCGCUCCCUAUCCUCCCCUCCUGGCAGUAAAAGGCCCAAAACUGUCAACAUGGAGGAGAACAUGGAUACCAGUCCGACAGGGCCUGACUUCUACUCGUCACCGAGUUCACCAGCCAGCAGUCGAGCAAACUGGCACGACAGAGACGGAGCAGACAUGUCGUCUCCUACCAUGAAGAAGCCAGAGAAGCCGCUGUUCAGCCCCACCUCCCCGCAGGACUCCUCACCACGACUCAGCACUUUCCCUCAGCCUCAUCACCCGGGCUUAACAGGUGUAGGACACAGUGUUAUAUCGACGAGGAGCCCCCCUCCCCACUCACCCCUGCAGUUCUCAGCCUCGGCUAUCUUGCCCCCGGCGCCGUCGCCCUAUUUCUCGCCCACCACCAUCCGCUACCCGCCCCACCUCAACCCUGGUGAUCCCCUUAAGACCUACGUGCCGUCGUACGACCCGUCCAGCCCACAGAGCAGCCAGCCUAACAGCAGUGGUCAGGUGGUAGGCAAGGUCCCAGGCCACUUCACCCCAGUCCUGGCUCCCUCCCCACACCACGGCACCGUGCGACCCGUCUCGCUCUCCAUGCCCGACACCAAGCCCAUCACCACAUCCACAGAAGGCUACUCAGCCCCUGGCACCCCGACGGCUAAUCGUUUUGUAGGCCUGAGCCCUAGAGAUCCCGCCUUCCUUCACCAGCAACAGCUGAGGAAGUGUGACUGGAGCGUGACUCAAAACGGCAGGCAUUAUGGCCCCAGUGCCACUGACGACACUUUGGGGAUUACUUGGCAAAGUCCUGGUACCUGGGCGAGCUUAGUUCCAUUCCAAGUGUCGAACGGGACUCCGAUUCUGCCAACAAAUGUCCACCAGAACUACAGCAUAAACAUCAUUGGUGAGCCCCUGGUCCCCGCUGAGACAGGGAACUGAACACAGAGAGGCCGGAUGCCCCCCAGGGUGGAUAGGUGGGUGGGGGUUUGGUGGUGCAGAGCUCGCACUACAGGUGUCCGCAGCCAUGGAUGAAACCAGCAAGCAGCACAAGCUGCACAAUCUCCACUCCCCACCCCCCCUCCUCCUGAUCUCACCCCCUCCUUAAACCCUCGCCUCCUCCCGUCCCCUCCCGUGAUGGACACUGGCCGUGAAGACAAGAGUUGGUGCAGAGGAAAGAAAAAAACAAAAGAAAAAGCUUCAGGUCUGCUGUCAAAACUCUCCCUGCCCACACAUCCACCAGCCACCAGUCAGUUGUUGUGUUUGCAGAACUUUUCAAUCCAUUCAAAUACUGUGAUGUAUAGAUGCCUUAAUGUUUUAUUGCAUGACACUCUAGUCUCUUAGCGGCAAUUCCUACUAUUUUUCCUUGUUGGGGGAAGAUGUAAAAUCUUGAUUUACACACACAUACACACACAAGUGAAGGGGUCUGUGUAUCUACAACCUCUGCCUGGUGGAUGCUCUGAGACUCUAAGCUCUCCGACUCAGACCUGUACGGUCCCUCUUGAAAAGAGGUUUUCCCAUGUCAAAUGAUUCACUGUGUACACCAUACGAACAAAAAUUGUGAAUUCAGAGUGUUUUCUUCUUCCGUUUGAUUUCAGUUUACUGUGAUACGACUUCUUUGUUCAGAAAAAUGUGUUGACUUGUUUAUUCUUUACUGCUACUUACUUCAAGAUUUAAUCUAAACACUUACAGUAAGAGUUGAGAACUCUUGAUGUGGUUUUCAAAAAACACUAAAUGUUAGCCUUGAGAUUGGACCCCUCGUUAAAGAAUUCGCAUCUCCUUUGCAAAAGGAUUAAAAGGACAGAAAGUAAGAAAAUCUUGAUAGAGGCAAGUGCAAUUGAAUUUUUGAAGGGAAGCUAUCAGUCUGUCAGCCCUAAGACUCUAAAGGAAGGGGGAUAAUUAUUAAAUGGUUUUAUGGGUAAAAUGUUUAAGAAAACAUUUGAGUUUAAUUUCAGUCACAUGUCCGUCUCCUCAUUAGAGAGAAACAUCAACAAGCGUGAAAAGCAGUUGAAGGCAAGCACUAAGCUACCUGUGCAGCGCUGAGCAAAACCAGCACUUCUUUUUAGCCCUUCCCAUCAUUAUGGGGAGCUUUUUUUUAUUUAUUUUGGGGGAAAAAAUAACUGAACAUAAGUAUAGAAAUGAGACACACAUAGUGUGUAAAAAUGGCAUUUCUGUUUCGAUGCUUAUGAUAAGAUCAAGAGCAUAUGCAUUUGGCCAUCAGCUUCUAAAGCUUAUGUUUACAGAAAAAAAUAUGGAAUGCAAAGUGUUAAUUCAUGGAAAUAUACAAUUCAUGCAAAUGUACAAUAAGCUUAUGUGUAAAGCUACAGUUUGUGCAAGGUAAACUCUACAGUGGAAGAGGUUGUAAACUGAAAUUAUGAAUCCAGGUGGUGGCAAAUCCCUGAAAUCUAGAAUUGUGCACGGCAUGUUCACAGCCAUUGCCUCUCCAGUCCAGACAUAUUUAUACAAGGAAAAUCUCUCCAAUACUCUUAAUUUGCACGAUGACAUAUAGUCCACAUUACGUGCCUUGCCUUUGAAUAUAGAGACAUCACUACACUUGUUUUUGCUGCAUUUAUCAUUAUAGAAAAAAAUUAACAUUUUUAUGAUAAGAAUUGUUUUGUACUCUGAAUGAAAUUGUUGAUUUUUAACUUCAUGUACUACUCUAUCUCACAGUUACAUUGCAUAUCAAGGCUGUGUAUAGUUGCCGUUUUAAAGUUUGUAAUCAACCAGCAUUUGGUUUUGUUUUUUUUUGUUUUUUUUUUUGUUUUGUUUUUUUCAGUAUUUUGGUGGUUUUUCUAAUAACCUGUCAUCUUUCGUUUCCUUUUUUUCGAUGCUCAUUUCGUUCAUCUUCCAGUUACUAUUGCGGAGGGUGGAAUUCAGAAUUAUGAAAAUUAUGCAAUACCAAGUUUUGCCUAUGUAGGUAGUGCUUAUAGAUGCGUCAAUUAUUAGAGGCUAGUUUGGAGAUAGACAAUAUUGUAAUGCAUUUAUUUUGUUGAUAUCGUUGUUUGUCGUUGUUGUUGUUGAUGAUGUUGUUGUUGUUGUGGGUGAUUUCCUUUUUUAUUGACCAAAGUGGGGACUGCUUUCUAUGCAGUGUAUGACAAGGUCUUUUUUUUUUUUUUUUUUUUUUUUCUUUCUCUAGCGUUUAGGCCUACCGAAUGACGGAGAGUCAUGUUCCAGUGUAUUUUGAAUUCGAGAGUUUUUAAGGGAAGGGAAGGGGGAAGUUUUCUUUUGUUAUUAUUUUAGAAGUACUUUUAAGAAUGCACCCUUGGUCUUACUACGGCUGCAAAGUCACUGAUUGGUCUACUGUGACUCUUCCUUUUAACUUUCCACCUGGGGUGCUAGCAUGUGACAUUGAAUGAGCUCAUUUUUUUCACAGGAGAGACAGCUUGACUUGAGCACGACAAUCAUUUAAAGAAAUCACGUUUUUUGCAUAGAAUCCCGUUCUGUCGUCAUUCCCCCGAAGCUGCAACUGAGGGUGGAUGCGCCAGCUGCAAGUUGCAUGCUUUUUAUCGAGUGCUACGCCGUUCAAUUUUGAGACGUCAGCGAAUGCAAUUCCCAAGUAGAUGCCUUAAACACAUCAGUGAAGUGGCCUGUGACCUGCGCAACAAUCACACACCGACUAAUGCUAGUGAGACCUGUCCAAAUCAACUUCAGACAGGCUCAAGCAAGCCUUUAGAAAGUAUUUUAUAAGUAUUAGAUUUGUAUAAAUGUAUAUAUGAUAUGCACAUACUGUAUGUCAAAUCCUGAUCCCCAGCAAGAAUGGUUAGAGAGCCGUGUAGCGUAUGUUGAAGUAAAUAUCGGACGGCAGAAGCAGGGUGUUUUAACUGCUGCGUUCUUUAUGUCCAUUAGAAGCUUAAAUAGAACCCAUUAGGAGAAAAAUAUAGCACUUAAAUAGCACAUAGGCAAUCAUCUUCUCUCCCCGUACAGUGUUUAGAACAUUCAACCGUAACCUCUCAGGCGUAUUGCAGGGCAUUAUUUACUAUAUCAAUCAUUAUAUUGCCAUUUUUAAUGUGAAAAUUACACAGAGAUGGCAGCAUCUACUCCGAUGCUGCUGCUUUGACACUUUUUUUGCACUCUUUCCCUACAAUCGUGAAAGAAUCCGAAAUUGUUUUUUGUUUUUGUUUUUUUAUUUUUUUAUUUUUCCUCCCGCACUCGGAGAGUUGGUACAACCGAGGGCUUUCCGGCACGAGCUGAGGGCUAAAAGGCAGGAAGAAAAUAAUCCUCAAGUCAAGCUUAAUCUCUCCGUCUUCACUCAGAUUUCUUAUGCAGAAAAAUAAUUGAAAAGUCACCCCGUUCUAUGUGCACUGUUUUGUCUUUUCUUUUUUCUUUUUUUUUUUUUUAAAUCCUUGUUUUAUUCUUUUGGUUUUCUUGAGGAAAAAAUUCUAAGUGCUUUGCAGCCUUUGGCCAUUGGAGACCCCACUGAAGUGCAUUGUCCCCAAGUGUGUGUGUGUGUGUGUGUGCGUGUGCGUGUGUGUGUGUGUGUGUGUUUGGUAAAAACGUGUCAGGGUCACUGUGCUGUUGGUGUUUAUUUGAAUAGGAGACUGUACAUAAAGGUAAAUAUCCUGAUUGAUAGCAGUAGUCUGUGGGGCUGAACUCUGCUUUGGCAGCUUGAGUGUGUGUGUGUUUGUGAGUGUGUGUGUGUUUGCAUGCAUGUGGGUGAACUGGUGAGCCGGAUGCGUGAUCGAGUGCCUCUGACACUACACAACGAGAGAAGAUGAGGGUCUUUCUAUUGAAAAAGCCUGCCGUAGGACAGGAGUUUGUACACUGUAAACUUUCACGAGAGUUCUUCUCUAAAAGCCCUUAUUUGUAAAUCUUCAAUUGUCGGGGAAAAAUGAGUCAAUUCCAUUUUUGGGGAAAAAAAAAUUUUUGGAUUUUUUUUUGUUUUUUGUUUCAGAGGCUGGAUUUGAGUUAGAACUCUCCAGAUUUCCCUGAUUAAUAGUAUCUAAAGCGUUUCAUUAGUUGUUGUAUUCCUGUUUGUAAAGUCAAAAUGGGGGGAAAUAUUCUAUAAAGAACCAUAAAUAUAAAAAAAAACAACAAUGAAGGCUUUUUUUAUGAUUGAUAUUAUUUCUGAACCUAGUGCUUAGAUAUUUCCAUGUGGAAAACACUUCAUAAGUAUUUGAAUCGUUGUUCUUUCAUUAGUGUGGCCAUAGCGAGACGUGUGAUGUGAUUUAUCUCAUUUUUUUUUUUUUUUUUUUUGUUUUGGCUUUGUAUUUUAUUUUAUUUUAUUUUUUUGGGAAAUGGUUGUGAAUUCUUGUCCAACAAGAUGUGAGUGUGUUCUUGUAGCAGCUGGGAGGUGACGUCACUUAACCAGUCGAAAAGGCCCCAGAUUGCACCUGACCUUAAAGCGAGAAGCAGGGUAAAAUCUGCAGUGAUAAACGUCCUCGAUGAAUCUAUUAGAUAAUUUCAUUUUUUCUUUCUCUUUUGUUUCUUCUCCAAGGAAAUGUUGCAAGACGAUUGGUGCUACAUCUCACCAUAUUUCAGAUCAUCGUUGAGCCUGAUUCAUAUUUAGACAACUCGAGAAAAUCUCACAAAUAAUCAGUAAAAGGCUCAUUUUGCACUUUCAACACACAGUCUAUGCCUGAUGUAAUCACACUACAUAACGUUACGUUGUUUGCCGGUGCUUCAGAAUAGGGUACUGUACCUUCCAGCUGAUAGUAAUGUAUUUGGGCAUGCUACACAGGGUGUGAAUGUAACCUGUCAAAACAAAAAAACAAAAAAAAACAAACAAAAAAAGCUCUUGAAACGUUUAAUCAGUGUUGCACCCAUCAGCAGCUUCAAGAGCCUCAUUUAAGGCAGAAUCGAACACUCACAACAACCUUAUUUUAAGAAAGUAUUAUUGAACAGGACAACUUUAUGCAAGGAGGACCUGUGGCACUCAUGCAAUAUGUGUGGUUUUCUUUCUUUUCUUCUUUCUUUUUUUUUUUUUUCUCUCUGAAUGUCAUACAUUCUGUCAAAACUGAGAGGGCGUACACAUGCAGACUUCAACAUUUAAGCGCUUUCUGACAACUGUCAUUUUUCAUCCUACAUGAGCAAUACACACACCUUCCAUACUUUGGCUAGCUGCUAGUCACUUGGCAUCAGGUUGUUCUAAACAUGAAAACCAGCAUUUUUACAGGAUGUAACAUUCACCAAAAGAAGACAAAAAAAAAA